AUGCGGUGGCAGCACCACCAGUCCACCACCGGCGACGCCUCUGCCGCCCUCAGCCACUGCCCCCGCUUGGCGCUCACCGAAACGUCGAAGGGGUGCUGCGGCGGCUGUGCUCCCUGGCCAGCAGUCACCACCGCUGCCUCUGGCGUCAUCAAGGUCCCGUUUGAAGGGAGAGAAAUUUAUUGCUGGCCUUUAAAGUUCUACAUAGGGGGAGAAACAAUUUCAGGCGUCGAGAUCAUCGCGAGGACACAGAGAAGCCACCCCUUAGACCCACUAUCGGCUGCUGAAAUUGCUGUGGCUGUAACAACUGUCAAAGCUGCUGCAAGUACUCCUGAGGUCCGAGAUGGCAUGCGUUUUGUUGAAGUUGCGCUCCUGGAACCAGAAAAGAAUGUUGUGGCAUUAGCUGAUGCAUACUUUUUCCCACCAUUCCAACCAUCACUGCUUCCUGGAAACAGAAAUGCUCCUAUCAUUCCAACCAAGCUGCCACCAAGCAGGGCCAAGCUUGUUGUCUACAACAGACAGACAAAUGAGACUAGUAUUUGGAUUGUAGAAUUCUCUGAAGUGCAUGCUGAUAGUGAUACUAGGGGUGGAUAUGAGAGAGGAGGCAAGCUCGUAUCAUCAGAGGUUGUUCCCGAUGUUCAGCCUGCGAUGGAUGCCAUGGAAUUUGUUGAGUGUGAAGCUACUGUAAAAAGCCACCCCCCUUUCAUUGAAGCCAUGAGAAAAAGAGGAAUUGAUGACAUGGAUCUUGUCACAGUAGAUCCAUGGUGUGCAGGAUAUUACAGUGAUGCUGAUGCUCCCAGUAGAAGAAUCGCCAAACCUCUGGUGUUCUGUAGAACUGAAAGUGAUAACCCUAUCGAGAAUGGCUAUGCACGACCUGUUGAAGGGGUUCAUAUUAUCGUUGAUAUGCAGAACAAUACGGUGAUAGAGUUCGAAGAUAGGAAGCUUGUCCCUCUUCCCCCAUCAGAUCAUUUGAGGAACUACACUUCAGGGGAAACACGAGGUGGUGUUGAUAGAACUGAUGUGAAGCCUCUAGUUAUCAAUCAACCUCAAGGCCCAAGUUUCCAUGUCAAUGGUUACCUUGUGGAAUGGCAGAAGUGGAACUUUCGUAUUGGCUUCACCCCUAAAGAAGGUUUAGUUCUUCAUUCUGUUGCAUAUGUUGAUGGAAACCGUGGCCGUCGACCUAUCGCUCACAGGCUGAGUUUUGUUGAGAUGGUUGUUCCUUAUGGUGAUCCAAAUGAACCACAUUAUCGGAAGAAUGCAUUUGAUGCUGGAGAAGAUGGGCUUGGAAAGAACGCAAACUCUCUUAAAAAGGGAUGUGACUGCUUGGGUGUCAUAAAAUACUUUGAUGCACAUUUUACAAAUUUUACUGGUGGCGUAGAGACCAUAGAGAAUGCUGUUUGCUUACAUGAAGAGGACCAUGGGAUCCUCUGGAAACAUCGAGAUUGGAGAACAGGAUUAGCUGAAGUUAGAAGAUCAAGGAGGCUUACUGUGUCAUUUAUCUGCACGAUUGCCAAUUAUGAAUAUGGGUUCUAUUGGCAUUUUUACCAAGAUGGUAAGAUAGAAGCAGAAGUUAAGCUUACUGGAAUUCUUAGUGUAGGAGCUCUAAUGCCCGGGGAGCAGAGGAAAUAUGGUACUACUAUUGCCCCUAGUUUGUAUGCACCGGUGCACCAGCAUUUCUUUGUCACCCGUAUGGACAUGGCAGUUGAUUGCAAACCAAAUGAGGCCUAUAAUCAGGUGGUUGAGGUAAACGUCAACACGGAAUGUGCUGGUCCAAAUAAUAUGCAUAAUAAUGCAUUUUACGCGGAAGAAAAACUUUUGAAAUCUGAACUCCAGGCCAUGCGUGAUUGUCACCCUUCAUCUGCACGUUAUUGGAUUGUACGGAACACAAGGACUGUAAAUCGUACUGGACAACCAACAGGCUACAAGCUCAUACCUGGUUCAAACUGUCUUCCGUUGGCCCUGCCUGAGGCGAAAUUCCUGAGAAGAGCUGGAUUCUUAAAGCAUAAUCUUUGGGUUACAUCAUACAAAAACGAUGAGAUGUACCCUGGAGGAGAGUUUCCUAAUCAGAACCCACGAAUUAAUGAAGGUUUAGCAACAUGGGUAAAACAGGAUAGAUCCCUAGAGGAAACCAACAUAGUUCUCUGGUACGUUUUCGGGGUUACCCAUGUCCCAAGGCUCGAAGACUGGCCUGUAAUGCCAGUGGAACACAUCGGCUUCAUGCUGAAGCCAGAUGGAUUCUUCGACUGCUCACCUGCGAUCGACGUGCCUCUUGGAUCUGAAGUACACACAAAGAAUGGGUGGAUAAAUUAUUGAGAGAUCAUUGAAUGGGCGAAUGAUAUAGUUUAUAUCAAUGAGCUACUACAAAAUAACUUAGCACUUAUUUAUGCAAUGCUAAUAAGAAAGUUUGUUGUUAUAAAUCAUACUUUUAAAGGCGUGCUAUUGAUAAUCCAUAUCACCGUAUGUUGAUCACAGCUGUUAGUAA